AUGGACGACCGAAGCGGAGCCCGCAUGCCUAAAGCUUGUAAAACAUGUGCCAAGGCCAAAGUACGAUGUGAUCCAGACUCUAAUAACGGUCCAUGCAAGCGAUGCCGCCGUCUCAAAAAAGAAUGUGGAGGUCAAGACCCUGGGGCUCAUCGUCGCCAGAGACCCACCGCAAGUAACAUUGAGGUUGCUGCGUUAGGGGCUAAGCUGGACCGGAUGGUCGCCUUGCUAGCCGCUUCGGGUCCAGCUGCCAAAGACCCUUCUGAUGUAAGCCCUUCGCCUGACUUGUCUUCACAAACGGAAGAAGAUGUCACGUUACCUGGUGAACAAGAAGGGAAUAUCUUCAUGGACAUCUUCCGCACACGGAUGGUUCCUCUUUUCCCAUUCAUUGUCAUUCCGGACAAUAUGACCGCUGAGCAAAUGCGGCACGAAAAGCCAUUUCUCUACCUGAAUAUCUCGAUGGUAGCGUGUCAGAACUCGCCGCGCCAGCGAGAGAUCUCCGGUAUCGUCAAGGAGUACGUGGCAGAACAUAUUGUUAUGGGGGGCGAGCACAGUGUAGACCUGUUACAAGGUCUUCUUGUUCAUCUUGCCUGGUUCAUCUCCAUCUCUCGCCUGCCCCGCUUGGACCUUACUGGGCAAAUCAACGAAAAACAGAAUACAGACACAAAGAACAAAGCCUUGGGCGUUGCGCAAUUAGAUGUAUUUGUGCAAUUAGCAAGAGCACAGGUGACCAGCAUGGGCUUAAAUCAAGAGCAGCACAUUAUGAGAAGCCUUGAUAAGCCUAUUGUCUAUAUGGUACAUUAUGAUCUCGAGGCUAACAAGACUCCAGCUCGCACACUCGAGGAGCGUCGCGCUUACCUUGGGUGCUACUAUGUGACUGCAAUGUUUUCUGCGUGUGUCAGAGAUAUGGAGCCUCUUCGCUUCACCAAGUACAUGAAUGAUUGCUGCCAAAUUUUGCAAGAAACCAAGGAAUCUUCCUCGGAUGACUUUCUAGUUCAUCUUGUGCGAUCGAUGCACCUUGCCGAUAAGAUCAACCGCACUUUUUCAAUUCACGACUAUGAUUCCUCUGCAGUCCUCUCCGCCCCGAUAGGAUUGAGCGUCAAGUGGCAUCAAGCCGAGCUCCGACGACUCAGGGCAUCUUGCGCAUGUAAACCUCCACACUCAACUAUUUUAUUCUUCCAUUACGACACACUCGAGCUACUCUUAUACAAAAUCGCCCUCAGUGAAGAGCUAUCAGACGCAGAAUACGGCGAAUACCCAGUAACACGACUUGACCUCCUUUUCCGGUGCCUAGAAGCAACCAAAUCCUUCUUUUUCAACUACUAUAGCCUUUCAUCCGCCUACUUCCCCUUUUUACCAUUCACAUCAUGGUGCCAAUUCGGCCAAGCAAUGGUCACCCUAUCCCGUCUAAGUCUCUACCAAAGUGACCACGGCGAAUGGGACCGAACAUACGUCGAAACAACAAUCGAUUUCAACCAUACUGUUGAGCAACUAGAGCAGAAAAUGGAAGAAGCGGUUCCAUCCGGUCUAUGUAAGGGGAAAGAUCCGCAAGCUGACGAUGAUCGACCUGAGAUCUAUGUGAGGUUGGAGAAUAGGAUGCAUUUGAUGAAAGAAACGCAUCGGAAACGACGAGAGGCGUUGGAACAGAGUCAGCCAGAAGGCAUGCAGGCUCCGCCGGACUUUACUUUCAUGUUUAAUAUGCCUAUGAGCUCAGGGACUUUCUUUCCAUUUACUGAUUUUGGAGAGUUGCCUGACGCGUUCGCGGCUCCGGUGUAA